AUGGCAACAAAAAUCAUCUACUUUACUGUGAAUGGGAGACCAGAGCAGGCAGAGUUUCCAGUUGAUUGCCCUGCCCAGGAUGUCAAAGGUAGGCAAUUCAAAUAAUAUCACCUUAUUAUUUUGGUAUCUUUGAAAUGUCAUAAAAAUUAUAUAUUUUUUGUCUGGAGCAUGAUUUUGUUUUUGAACUCAUUACUCUGAUAUGAGAAACCUCUCAAAACCUCUGAAUUAUUUAUGAUUUGUGUACUUGUUUGACAUUCUAUUGCACUGUUAGGAGCUAGUAACACAAGCAUUUCGCUGCACCCACUAUAACAUCUGCUAUACUGUGUACACAUCCAACAAACGUUUUUUUUUUUUUUUUAAUAAAAAAGUACAUAAAGGGAAAGGUUAAUAGCACUUUCAUUGCUUCUCUACCAGAUCAAACAAUGGAUCAAAACUCAAGUAAAGCACUAUGAGACCUAAAAUAGUUGUAAUCCAUCAGAAGUAAGUGUAAUCCAUCAGAAGAUGCAAAGACAUGCAAUCCAUGUCUUCAACAAGAGAGAUCCAUUGCAAAAUAAGCAGACAGUCUCUGUAUCGAUAGAGAGAAAUAGUGCAUGAUUGAUGCUUCAGCAGGGUAGAGACAGACACAGGUGCAGCUGACAACAACACUUUGCACUUGCAUUUGCGUCAAAGCUAACAUAUGGUGUACAUAUGGCAUCUUUAGAACUGAGUCUAGAGAUGUGACGUAUUGAUGUGAGGGUUGUUGAGAGUACUACAUUAUGUCACAGUUGUUGUGGGUUGUUACUCUAAUGAGAUAUAGGGAAGGGGCUAUUGAAAGUCUAUUCAAAUAAAUAAAUACAUAACAUUUCAAUAAUAUUAUUUUCCAAAUAGUACCAAGGACAGGCAUAAAGGGCUGUAAUUGAAUUCAGUGAUCAAAUAGCUUGAGAUACAUCUCAUAUAUGCUAAUGUCAUGAGAAUUAAUUUUCUUUCAAAGAUUCUGCCUACUGCCUAUAGAUUUGACUGCCUAUAAACCUCUUUGGAGCUCACAAACAUAGCAUUGAUAUAAAAUGCAAUUAUAAAAUGCAAUUGAUUGUGGGUUUGAAAUUGACCGAGCAUAUCUCUCGAAUCCUUUACCGUCUCAUUUCGCCUCUUAUUUUCAUCUCCCUGUUCUUCCUUUAGUAGAUGUUUUGCCCAUCUAUUUAGGCACAGACACAGUGUGAUUGAUAGCUUUAGAUUACCCCUUUACAGAGCUGCCUCGGGCAAUAAUAUUCCCUCUCUUCUAAUCUUUGUGUGUAUGAAUGGCAUUGACAAAAGCUUGGCCAUAAAAACCUUGUAGUAUUUUGUUCACCUGCUGUACAGAGAGAGCUCUAGGCGGUAUGUGUGUGUGUUUUGAUUGGGUGUUUGAUUGCAAAACUCGACUCUGAAAAACUAGUAUUGAUUGAAGUGUUGAGUAUUGGCAAAAAUAGCUCUUGGUUGCCUGAGCUAUUUUCACAGGAGAACAAUUUAAAAUGUUGUCUGUGUUUGUAUGCAUGUGUGUGUGUUUGUUACUUUCCAGAUCUGUUCUGCUCUGCAGCUGAGGCAGGACCCCAUGACAUUCUGAAGCUGUACAACCCUAAGGGCAACAUCAUCAACAUCUCCCCGCGCCUGGAGCCCAACAGUCCUAACUCCUGUUAUAAGCUAGAGGUGGUGGCUGCUGACUGCAACAGUGAGCCAUUAGGUAUUCUCUGCCAUGGCGCCAGAGACAUUGGCUGACAGUGGGCCUACUUACAUUGUUAUUGUGUUGUAACUAUUUUUUGUUUCAUUAGGGCCUGUGUACUGUGUAUAUUGAUGUUCAUAUUUUAAUUGUGUACCUCAUGUUGCAGGUGUGGAGCUUGCUGUGGCACUAGGAUUUGAUCUCUCCUCCAUGGAGAAAAGGUAAGGCUGACAUGGUGUAUACAGGAGUGACCAUUCUCAAGGUUGGGGCCCGUUCUGAAACUGUCAUACCACGUAAGGGACCAAGCUGUACCCCAGACUGCAGGGCUGUGUGAGUCAGGAAGACCAUAUGUUCUGUACCCCAGACCAAUGUUCCCUCUAAUUUUUUUAGUCACUGAGCAAAUCUCAGGUCUGCUGAGCGCAAACUGCAACGUUGUGAAAAUUCUGUGCAACUUCCGGCGCACCUUUAGUGUGAACACUGAGGCUGUACCCGCUUUAAGUUAGUUUUAACAGUGGUCAAGUAGGCUACUGUGGCUAUUUGAUCAUAAUGUAGGCCUACCAGAGUGGCAUACCAUCAAAUACAAUGGAGAAAAUGCAUCCCAUAACAUUUGACCAUGGAAAUAUCUGUUGUAUCAUUCAGCCUACAGUAGCAGCCAAUGUGUGGUGUUCAACGUAGGCCUACAUUCCAUCAGACUUUUUGAAAAAAAAACAUGCAGGGCUUGACAUUAACCUGUUUAUCCACUUGUCCUUCAGAGAAGGAGGUGACUGAAAAUGUUGUUGUGUUGUUUGAUGCAAGAAACCACUUUACAAAAUAAAAUGCAUCAUUAUUCCUAUACCAUUAUUACAGAGAAUCAGACAAAUUAUGGGGUACUCUGCCUAUUGGCUACUUAGCUUAUUCAAGCCUGUCUUAAAAUACAACACUGCCCCUUAAGACAAAAAAAGGCUCUUUAUGUGACUCGCUUUUCAAAGAUGUCUAGAAAUGCACACGUUUUGUGCUCUUGUAGGAAGCAGUCACUCCCCCAUUGCUGACUACAAAUGAUAUAUAACUGGGCUAAUAACUCACUAACUAGAAAAUGACAUGAACAAAUGUACAAAUGUCCACACGUCGCUACAUAAGGCUCUCGCUUUGAUCUCAAAACAAGUGCAUCUACUCACGACUGCUCAUGCUGUAAAAACAGUCCAGUUCAAAGUGAAUGGUACAGAUCCAUAUACUGUAUGGCAAUGGUCUAUUUGCAUUUAGGCCUACUGCAGCUCUGAUUGGUUAUGGCGCACCGGUCUGUGUAGAGUACGGGCCUGAGUCAUGCCUGUCAAUGCAAUAACCAGUUGGUAACCUAAAACACAUUGGAAUGGCGUUAGGUUAGUAGAGGAGUGGCGGAGAGAGUUCUGGGUAUAUUCUGCCCAUGGCAAGAACACCGACCACUCCCCCGGCCGGUCCUGGCAGUAGGACCGCAGGAACCUACCCACAUCCUGAUAAUAAUAGUUCGUUUUGCAUACUAAGUCUUGCAUAGUUAGUUUUGUUUCGGUAUAUUGCCUUGAAAGUGGCUAAUAUUGCAUUGAUUAAAUCACAAUUCCCAGAGUAACGGUGAAAACUCUAGAAAGUUGAGUGAAGUUCAAUCUUGUGCUUCUCUGCGCGGGCUGAUAUUUCUUCUGCGGCAGUCCCGGGAGCUGUGUGCCCGUGCACACCCGCAGCUUAGAGGGAACAUUGCCCCAGACUGCAGGACUGUGUGAGUCAGGAGGGCCAUAUGUUCUGUACCCCAGACUGCAGGGCUGUGUGAGUCAGGAAGGCCAUAUGUCCUGUACCCCAGACUGCAGGGCUUGGAGAAGAAGAUCCUGAUUGAGGCUGGUGAGACUCCUGCAGUCGUGUAUGAGAUGAAGAGACAGGUGGAGUCAUUCCGGGAGAAACUUGAGGUAGGUUGUGUUAUUGAUGCUGUACAGAUAUCAUUUGAUAAAUUAUGUGUAAAGGCUCAUUCAUAUACCAGUAUCAUGUAAGUUCACUGUGUCUGCCUAGCCUAGUGUAUCUGUGUCUCCACAGAGUGUUGAACAUCUCAGCUGGCUGGGCCUAUUCAAAGAGCUAUCUGAGGGAACACAGAAGCCCUCUCCUUUCUACCACAAGAGAUCGCUGCGCAAGACCAGAGAGGAAUGUGAACAUGUACGGGAAAAGUUCCUGCAGAUGAGGCAGGUUUACUUACACUCACUGUUGAUAGAGACCAUGUGACAUCAGAUGAAUAGGCUGUGCCACUCUUAUCCAGACUCCAUUGCUUGAAUAGUGGUUGUGAUGAGUGUGAUAGAAGGAGUCAGGCGCAGGAGGGUAUUCACUGAAAUCAGAGUUUAUUCCAUCGUACACAAAUAACGCUGGAUAGCGACACACGAAAACAGGCACAGGGGAAACUAUCUACCCUGGCAAAACACGGUACGGGAUACUCCAAUAAUAUACAGGCACAGAGGACAUACAGUGGGGAAAAAAAGUAUUUAGUCAGCCACCAAUUGUGCAAGUUCUCCCACUUAAAAAGAUGAGAGAGGCCUGUAAUUUUCAUUAUAGGUACACGUCAACUAUGACAGACAAAAUGAGAAAAAUAAAUCCAAAGUGCGAGUAGCUCCACCGAGCUACACUACUCUCACAAAUAACAAAUCACCCACAAGGACAAGGGGGGCAGAGGGAACACUUAUACACAGACUAAUGAGGGGAUAAGAACCAGGUGUGUGUAAUUAACAAGACAAGACAAAUGGAAUGAUGAUAUAUGGAGCGGCAGUGGCUAGUAAGCCGGUGACAACGAACGCCGAAGCCUGCCCGAACAAGGAGGGGAGGCAGCCUCGGCGGAAGUCGUGACAAUAUCCCCCCCUUGACGCGCAGCUCCAGCAGCGCGCCGACCCCGGCCUCGGGGACAGCCAGGAGGACGCGGAGCAGGGCGAGCCGGAUGGCGACGGUGGAAAUCCCGCAACAGGGAGGGAUUGAGGAUAUCCUUCACCGGGACCCAGCACCGUUCCUCCUGACCGUACCCCUCCCACUCCACGAGGUACUGAAGGCCACCACCCGACAGAGUACGCCGGGGCCCCCUCGAUGUCCAGAGGAGGAGGAGGGACCUCCCGCACCUCAGACUCCUGGAGCGGACCAACCACCACCGGCCUGAGGAGAGACACAUGAAACGAGGGGUUAAUACGGUAAUCAGGUGGAAGUAAUAACCUAUAAGUGACCUCGUUGAGUCUCCUCAGGACUUUGAACGGCCCCACAAACCGCUUCCGGCAGGGCAGGCGGAGGCGCAGAUUCCGGGUCGAGAGCCAGACCCGAUCCCCCGGUACGAAGACUGGGGCCUCACUGCGGUGGGGGUCAGCGUUGGCCUUCUGACAACGCACAGCGCGCUGGAGGUGAACGUGGGCAGCGUCCCACGUCUCCUCCGCGCGCCAAAACCAGUCAUCCACCGCAGGAGCCUCGGUCUGGCUCUGGUGCCACGGUGCCAGAACCGGUUGGUAACCUAAAACACAUUGAAAUGGCGUUAGGUUAGUAGAGGAGUGGCGGAGAAAGUUCUGGGCAUAUUCUGCCCAUGGCAACAACACCGACCACUCCCCUGGCCGGUCCUGGCAGUAGGACCGCAGGAACCUACCCACAUCCUGAUUUACCCGUUCCACCUGCCCAUUUGACUCGGGGUGGAACCCAGAGGCCAGGCUGACUGAGACCCCCAGACGUUCCAUGAAUGCCUUCCAAACCUUGGACGUGAACUGGGGACCUCGGUCGGACACUAUAUCCUUUGGCACCCCGUAGUGCCGGAAGACGUGAGUAAACAGGGCCUCCGCAGUCUGCAGGGCCGUGGGGAGACCGGGCAGAGGAAGGAGGCGGCAGGACUUGGAAAAGCAGUCCACAACGACCAGGAUGGUGGUGUUACGUUGGGAGAGGGGAAGAUCAGUCAAGAAAUCAACACUCAGGUGAGACCAUGGUCGUUGUGGAAUUGGUAAAAGUUGUAACUUACCUGCUGGGAGGUGCCUAGGUGCCUUACUCUGAGGCGCACACCGAGCAGGAGGAGACGUACACCCUCACGUCCUUAGCCAAGGUAGGCCACCAGUACUUUCCGAUCAGGCAGCACACUAUGACCCAUACCUGGGUGACCAGAGGAGGGUGACAUGUGUGCCCAGAAGAUCAGACGAUCACAGAUAAGAGCAGGCACGUACCGCAGCCCAGCUGGACACUGAGGUGGAGAUGGAUCUGUGCGUAAUGCCUGCUCUAUAUCCGCGUCCAUUGCCCAUACUACCGGCACCACAAUGCAGGAGGCCGGGAGUAUGGGGGUGUUGUCUCUGGGCCUCUCCUCUGUGUCAUACAGCCGGGACAGUGCAUCUGCCUUCACGUUCUUCGUAUCCGGAAUGUAUGACAGUGUAAAAUCAAACCGGGUGAAGAAUAGGGCCCACCUGGCCUGGCGAGGAUUCAGCCUCCUCACUGCCCGAAUGUACUCCAGGUUACGGUGGUCCGUCCAGAUGAGGAAAGGGUGGACAACAGCCAACAGCUCGGACAACAGCCAACAGCUCCCGAUCACCAACGUCGUAUUUCUGCUCCGCCGGGCUGAGCUUCUUAGAGAAGAAGGCACAGGGGCGGAGCUUGGGUGGCGUGCCCGAGCAUUGGGAUAGGACAGUGCCUAUCCCUACCUCGGACGCAUCCACCUUCACUACGAACGGUAGUGAUGGAUCGGGGUGGGCCAGUACCGGGGCUGAGGUGAACAGACCCCGCAGUCUCCUGAAGGCCAGGUCAGCCUCAGCAGACCAGCAGAGCCGGGACGGCCCACCAUUCAAUAGGGAGGUAAUGGGAGCUGUGACCUUGCCAAAGCCCUGGAUAAACCUCCGAUAGUAGUUGGCAAAGCAAAGGAAGCGCUGCACUUCCUUAACCGUGGUUGGAGUCGGCCAAUUACGCACGGCUGAAAUGCGUUCUCUCUCCAUCUCCACACCUGAGGUGGUAAUGCGGUAUCCGAGGAAGGAGACGGACUGCUGGAAAAACAUACACUUCUCUGCCUUGGCAUAAAGGUCAUUUUCCAACAGUCGGGCCAGCACUUUGCAAACCAGGGACACAUGCUCGGCGCGCGUAGCGGAAUACACCAGGAUGUCAUCGAUGUAGACCACCACACCGCGACCAAGCAUGUCCCGAAACACCUCGUUCACAAAGGACUGGAAGACGGAUGGAGCAUUCAUCAAACCGUAGGGCAUCACCAGGUAUUCAUAAUGCCCCGUGGUUGUGCUGAAUGCUGUCUUCCACUCAUCCCCCACGCCCCAGGUUAUAUGCACUCCUGAGAUCUAAUUUGGUGAAGAAGCGUGCCCCAUACAUUGACUCAAUCAAUGAAGGAAUGAGGGGGAGAGGAUAACUAAAUCUUAUAGUCUCCUUGUUCAGUGAUUGAUAAUCAAUACACGGUCGCAGACCGCCGUCUUUCUUCUUCACAAAGAAGAAACUCGAGGAGGCGGGUGAAGUGGAGGGACGUAUAUAGCCCUGGCCCAGGGACUCAGUGACGUAUGUUUCCAUAGCCUCCGUUUCAGCCUGCGACAGGGGGUACACAUGACUCCUGGGAGGUACAGCGUCUACCCGAAGGUUUAUCGCGCAAUCCCCCGCCCGAUGAGGUGGUAAUUUUGUUGCCUGUGUCUUAGAAAACGUGUGCGCCAGAUCAUGGUAUUUGGGGGGAAUGUGCACGGUGGAGGUACCGUCUGGACUUUCCACAGUGGUUGCACCAACAGAAACACCUAGACACCUACCCUGACACUCUCGCGACCACCCCGUGAGAACCCUCUGCGGCCAUGAGAAGGUGGGGUUGUGGAGUGCUAGCCAAGGGAUACCUAAUACCACAGGGAAAGCAGGAGACUCAAUAAUCAAAAAAGUUACCUGCUCACAAUGAGUCUCCUGGGUGAUCAUGGUGACUGGUACAGUGACUUCCUUUACAAACCCGGACCCUAAUAGUCGACUAUCAAGUGCUCUGAUGGGGAGUGGAAUGGAUAGGGGAACCAAUUAAAUGCCUUGACGGCGUGAGAAUGCCCUGUCCAUAAAGUUCCCAGCUGCGCCUGAAUCGACUAGCGCCUUACACUGGGGAACUACCAUGUGAUCGGGAAAAUGGAUAGGUAGGGUACAGUGUGCAGCAGAGGUCUCUGAACGAGUGUGGGUGUUCGAUACCUGGGGUGAUGCGAGAGUGCCCUGCCUGCCGCCUCCAGGCCCAAAAGAGCGUUGACUACGACGUGUGGUGUACUGUCCCUUCGUGCCACCAGAGUGGCACUGUCGCUGUCGUCCUCCACUCUCUCGGACGGCGGCUCCACCCAGCUCCAUCAGCUCAGGAUCCGAGUCAUCCGGGGCAGACCCCUACCAGGACGUCCUCUGGCUGCCAGCAGGUUGUCCAAACGGAUGGCCAUGUCCACCAGUUUUGUGAAAGACAACAUGGUGUCCCGGCAGGCUAGCUCCCGUCGGACGUCCUCCCGCAGAUGGCACCGGAAAUGGUUGAUUAGGGCCCGCUCGUUCCACCCGGAUCCCGCUGCCAGAGUCCGAAACUCCAACGCGAAGUCCUGUGCGGUCCUCAUCCCCUGCCUCAGGUGGAUCAGCCGCUCGACCGCCUCUUGACCCUCGGGCAGUGAUCGAAGACUGCCCGAAAGAGGCGAGCGAAUUCCCCGUUGUCCUCCAACGUGGCUCCUCCUUCGUUCCAAACCGCGUUGGCCCACUCCAGGGCUUUCCCAGAGAGGCAGGAAAUGAGGACGGACACCUUCUCCCGCUCCGAUGGCGCCGGCCUGAUGCUGGAGAAGUAAAGCUCCAGUUGGAGGAGGAAUCCUUGGCAGAGCACCGCCGUCCCGUCGAACGCCCAUGGUUGGGAUAUCUGGAUCUCUCCGGGUGCUGGGGUGUAGGUGACUGGAUCCGGUUGGCCAGCUGGUCUCGAAGCUGGCCAGCAUCGUGGAAUGCUCCUGGACCCGUGCCACGACUCCAGGCAUGCACUCUUCUCCCGCUGACUCCAUAGCGGGUGGUAGAGCAUGGUGCUUGUAACGCCAGGGUAGUGGGUUCGAUCCCCGGGACCACCCAUACCUGUGUAUGCACACAUGACUGUAAGUCGCUUUGGAUAAAAGCGUCUGCUAAAUGGCAUAUUAUAGAAGGAGUCAGGCGCAGGAGGGUAAUCACUGAAAUCAGAGUUUAUUCCAUCGUACACAAAUAGCGCUGGAUAGCGACACACGAAAACAGGCACAGGGGAAACUAUCUACCCUGGCAAAACACGGAAAGGGAUACUCCAAUAAUAUACAGGCACAGGGGACAUAUCUACCCCGGCAAUGCAAAGUGUGAGGAGCUCUACCGAGCUACACUACUCUCACAAAUAACAAAUCACCCACAAGGACAAGGGGGGCAGAGGGAACACUUAUACAUGGACUAAUGAGGGGAUAAGAACCAGGUGUGUGUAAUUAACAAGACAAGACAAAUGGAAUGAUGAUAUAUGGAGUGGCAGUGGCUAGUAAGCCGGUGACGACGAACGCCGAAGCCUGCCCGAACAAGGAGGGGAGGCAGCCUCGGCGGAAGUCGUGAAAGUGGUGUUGCAAUUGAGAUCACAAUUUGGAUAUCAUGUUCUAAAAAUUUGAGAUGAAAAUAACAGAAUAGUAAUUUUCUAUUCUCCAUAGUUCCCUGGAGGUAUCAGAGGAAGUCAGACAGUACCUCAAGACCCCAACUUUUGACAACUGGUGAGUUCCCCAUCUAUUUGCCUUUUUUCCACUUUCCUUAGAAAAUGUACUAAUGGACUUUCUUACACAGUAGGAGUUACAGAGAGACUACAGACAGGGUCCUGUGAGUGCUGGUUGUGCGUGGGAGGUGAGAGGGUUGAGCAAUGUCUCUGUGGUGUGAUAAACAAACAGCAUCUGCACCUGCUGCUUCAAAAGAGAGACAGGGAGAGACAGGGAGCCGGGCGGCCAGCACCUCUGAAGAGGAUGGGGUUAUUCACCCCUUUCAUCUGUCCUACAGGCUCAUAUCAAUAUGAAUGGCUGUCUGCUAUGGGUUUGCCAAUCAAAAGGAGGUCUUCAUAACAAGCUUCAUUAACACAGGCGCUUUUGAAGGAUGCAUUAUGUGGACGACAUGCACGUCACAGCUUUCAGUCCAGUUUGGUUAAGUAUUACUUCAGGGCCUUUUAGAACUAACAUAACAAGAUGGAGGCCUCACUUCAAAAAAGGGAAUAUAUAUUGGCCACUUGGGGAAAAAACUAAAGCUACCAUACAAGAACCCAUAUUUUUGUGACAUUUACACUAGGACCACUUUCAAAACUGUUCUUUGAGCGAACAUGAUUAAUUAUUCCAGGUAACUGUUUGUUAGACCAGUACAGAGAUUAGUCAAAAUGGCAGUUUAUCUGCAGCUACUGCGUCCAGAAAUCUAUUAAUCCAUCACUUUAGCAUAUUUAUCAACCCUUGGCCAGGGCACUAAAGGGCACAUGAAAGUGGUUAUUGCUACAUAUGAAACAUACAGUAGGUUACACUUAGUACCGCUAUGACCUCCUAAAAAUUAAUGAUUUGACCCUUGACCCUUGACUUGUCCUGCUAUGUGUGUGCAGGCAGUGGGAGGAUGCAGAGAUCAUGGUUCUACUGCAGGUCAUGUACACAGACCUGGACUUCAUCGCCACCUUUAACAUUGAGCCUGAGGUGCUGCACCAGUUCCUGUAUGAGGUGUACAAACGCUACAACAACAUCCCCUUCCACAACUUCAAACACUGCUUCUGUGUCACCCAGAUGGUGGGUGUGUGUGUGUGUGUGUGUGUGUGUGUGUGUGUGUGUGUGUGUGUGUGUGAAAGAGAGAGAAAAAGAGGGUCGUCAGGGGCAAUCAUGUAGAGUCCCAUUCCUUUGUGCAAUCAUCAAAUUAUCCAAUCACCCUAAACCCUGAUUGGUUAGGACAUCCAGGCCCCUCAACCGAUUUAAGAAAUAGACUCAAUAUAAUCAUUCAGAGGUUUGCCGGUUAAGACAUUGCAUUAAACAAAAACAAAUGUCAAUGUUUUGUAUUAAUAUAAUUUCUGUGGAUUCAUGUUAUAGCAAUUAUCCAUCAUUGAGCUGUGUUCUCUCUGGACUGCUCCUCUUGCGAUUCUUUAUUCUCUGAUAGAUGUACGGGCUGAUCUGGCUGACGGACCUGAAAAGUAAGAUUGACAGCAUUGACCUGCUCACCAUGCUGACCUCUGCAGUCUGUCACGACCUUGACCACACGGGAUACAACAACGCUUACCAGGUGACCUAUCUAUCUGACCACCACAGAUACAGUUGUGUGUGUGUGUGUGUGUGUGUGUGUGUGUGCCUGCAUUCGUGAAUUGAUAGCUCACUAUCAGCUCUAUCUUUCAGAUAAAUGCUCGUACUGAACUGGCCCUGCGCUACAAUGACAUCUCCCCCCUUGAGAACCACCACUGUGCUGUGGCUUUUGAGAUCCUGGAGAAGGUAUGGGUGGUAUUGGCAUGGGUAACUGGAGUUGGGCUAUGGUGUGUGUGGGUCAACUUUUUAGAUGACAGUAAAGUGUUUAUCUUUUUACAGAAUGAAAACAACAUUUUCAGAAAUCUGACAACUGAACAGUAUAAACGGAUAAGAGAGGGCAUAAUCAAGUAAGAAUGUAUUUAUUCGCAUUCUCUUCACCACCACAAAUAUAUGUUUACUUUGAUCUAACCGUAAUGUGUGGAGAGUGCAUCAACUCAAGGCAUUUCAUUUAUUCUUAGAUGCAUCCUGGCCACUGACAUGACGAGACAUAACGAGAUCCUGAACAAGUUCAAGUCCAUCCUGCCUGUCUUCGACUUCAGCAACAAGGACCACAGAGACGUGGUAAGAAAGAGUAUGAAUAAACAGUAUGUUUAUGAAAUAGUCCUAUGUUUAGCCCAGUGUUUAUGAGGUGUCACGUAAAUGUCAUCCUGGUACUCCCUGUCCCUUUUUAGUCAGAUGUUGCCAUGGUACCAUAGGAGUCUACAGCCAUGUUGCCUAGCAACAUCAGAUGAGAGAAUCUUGGUAUCUACUAGUGCUGAUAGGGAACCAGCCUGGGGCUCUUCCCGACUGGAUUAAAGUGAAAUGUAUAUCCCCCUGUCUCCCUCCAGCUGAUGAUGAUCAUGAUCAAAGUGAGUGACAUCUCCAACGAAGCACGUCCUAUGGACGUGGCUGAGCCCUGGUUGGACUGCCUCCUGCAGGAGUUCUACAACCAGGUAACUAAGCACCACAACACAGAUAUUGGUUAUGUUCCAAUAUAACUACUAGCAUACAACAUAGAAUGCGUGGCUAAAACACUGCUUCAUUCUAAAUGGUAUGCUACAGUGUAUCAUAGAAAUAGCCUACUACAAUGUAAUACUAAUUAAGUCCUGCUCUCAACUGUCCUCCCUCAGAGUGACAUGGAGAAGCUGGAGGGUCUUCCUGUCACCCCGUUCAUGGACAGGGACAAGGUGACCAAGCCGUCCUCUCAGACAGGCUUCAUCGGCUUUGUCCUCUUACCCCUCUUCAUUGAGCUGGCUAACCUUUUCCCCUGCCUGGAGGUAAGAGCUCCCGGUCUACAACCACUACACUAAUGUAGCUUCACUGUAAUGCAACUUCAUCCCCUAGCUGCUGUGCAUGAAGUGGAAUCAAAAGGUACUGGUACUCAUUCAUAUUUGAGAGUGAAUAUUUUAGAGUGAAAAAGGGUGCCGUUACUCAAGCAGUAGAAAAUGCAAGGUGCAGCCGUGCCGGUAUUCUGUACUGGUUGGCACUUGCACAACUCAAGCACUGCCUAGCUGCCAUAUUUGUGUAAACAUAUCCAGAACCCUUAUCUCUCUGUGCCCCUGCAGCAGCACAUCAUAGACCCGGUGCGUAAGGCCCUGGACUACUACACAGAGAUGGAGAAAGCCUUAGAGAGAGAGAAACUGAUCCGAGCACAGAGCGACAAGGCAGCCGCAGCCAAGAACAAGGAUACUACACCUCAGAACUCACAGAACCCUCAAAAAACAGCAGAUAGUCUGUCAGAGGCUGGGAAUGCCUUGAAUCCAGCCACACUGUGA